AAGGUCCCAAAGUCACAACUCCAAUCCUGAAGAGAAUCACUCACGGAGAGAGAGACGAGACGACUGAAGAAGAGAGAGAAAGAAGCAAUGGGGAGAAAGAAGGGGUUGCCGGAGUUCGAAGAGACGGCGCCGGAUGGAUUUGAUCCGGAGAAUCCUUACAAGGAUCCGGUGGCGAUGGUAGAAAUGAGAGAGCACAUCGUUCGGGAGAAGUGGAUCCAAAUCGAGAAGGCUAAGAUCUUGCGCGAGAAGGUCAAAUGGUGUUACCGCGUCGAAGGCGUAAACCAUUACCAGAAAUGCCGUCAUCUUGUCCAGCAGUACCUCGAUUCCACUCGCGGCGUCGGCUGGGGAAAGGAUCAUCGUCCUAUCUCCCUCCACGGUCCUAAGCCGGAGGCUGUUGAAGUUGAAGCUGAAUAAUGUGUUACGCCUGAGUAAUAUGAAUGAUUGCAGGUGACCAAGCUUUUAAUGCAGGACAUGGAAUGGUCUUUGGACUGUGCAGAUAUGGUCUUGUUUUACUUUUUUUGUUAUAUAAAACAUGUCGGUCUUUGGACUGGCGGAUUCAUGUAAGGGUUUUACAAGUUUGAGUAAUGAAUUCGUACACUCAAUAU